AUUACAUGGACAGUUAUAUAGAAUCAUAUGAAAUAAUGGAUAAUAUAUUAGGACGUGGAGCAUUUGGACAUGUCAAGGAUGCCAAAUUCAAAAAAGAUAGGAACUUGAAAAUUUGUGUUAAAAUACUGAAUAAGGAGUACAGCUUUGGGAAAAUUGAAGCAACUCCUUUGCAAGUGGCAGAACUUAAUAUGUGUAAGUGGAUGAAAUCUAUGAGACAUGAGAAUUUAGUUUAAAUUUAUGAUGUCUAUGAUUCUAUUUUGAAUGAUCCUAUGGCUUAUAUAUUUAUGGAGAAGUGUGAAUUAAAUCUACAUUAAUUGAAGGAGAAUACAAAGAAGUAAGGAGGAAAGUUAUCCAAAGAAAAAUUGCUCGACAUAAUCAAAUAAAUUGUGAAAGGUUAUCUUUACUUGAUUAGUUAAAACAUCAUGCAUCGAGAUCUCAAACCUGAAAACAUUCUAUGUAAUAUAAAUAAUAAUGAUCUAAUAAUCAAAGUAAUUAUAUUUGAUUUAUUUCGAGAUUGCAGAUUUUGGCCUAAGCAGAACUUUUACUGCUUAAAAAGAUGAAAAAUUGACAAAUAAGGUUGGAACACCAUACUAUAGGGCUCCUGAGAUCAGCGAAACCCAAAAUACUAGUGAAAGAAUUAUUUACGACAAUAGGUGUGAUAUAUUUUCAGUAAUCUUUUUUCUUAAUUACAUAGUUAGGAGUAAUAAUAUUUGAAUUGGCCUUACUAGAAAAAUAAUUUAACUCAAAGGAGAUUAGAAAGUUAAUAAAUAAUACUUUCUCCAAUUUAUAUAAGGAUAUAAUCAAAGACAAAAUAGGUAAAUUAUCUUUUAUACUACAUUUAGAUCAAGAAAUUAUAACAUUAUUAGAUAAAAUGAUAGUAUAUGAUCCAACUUAGCGGAUAACAUGGUAAUAGUUAGGAGAAUAUUUUUAAAUUUCACCACAGCUUUAAAGUGCACCAUUCAUUAUUAAUGUUUAACAAUAAUAAAUAGCUCCCAUAUGUGCUUAAUUUAAUAAUACAAUUUAAAAUUAAAAACAAACUUCUCCAAUAAUCUAGAAACAGAAUUCAAACUAAUAGCAAUUUGCAGCAUAAGAAUAUACUAAACCCAUUUGUAUUUCAGGUAAUAAGAUGCUCUAAAAGUAAAAUUCACUUGACACCAACUAUCAAUCAGUUGAGUUUGAGAAUAAAAAUUUUGGAACAAUAAAUAACCAACAAAAAUAAUAGAAUAAUUUUUAAUAAUAGGCUUAACAAAAUAAUAUAUUUCCUAUUGCAAAGCCACAAGCCUAAUUAGAAUAAGGAGUUAACAGCUAACAAAUGUAAUUAGGAUUGAAAGUAUAACAACAAUAACCAAUAAUCUAAACAAAUUCAUUGCAAAAAAUAAAAUUUUAUACAAUAAUAUAACCUUCAUAAUUUCACAAUCAAGCAAAAGACGAUUAAUCAGGAGAGCAAAAAUAAAGGAAACUAUCAACAUGUAUAAAUAAUAAUGCUACAUAAUUCAAUAAUAAUGCUACAUAAUUCAAUAAUAAUGCUACAUAAUUCAAUAACAAUGCUACAUAAUUCAAUAAUAAUGCCACAUAUAUAAAUAAUAAUGCUACAUAUAUAAAUAAUAAUGCUAAUUAUAUAAAUAAUAAUGCUACAUAAUGCAAUAAUAAUGCUGGAUAAUUUCAGAAUCCUUAAACAUUUAAAAAUCCUUCAUAAAAUCAAAAUUAUUCAUAAAUACCAUAAUUUUAAAUUACAAAUGCCUAAAAUUAGAGAAUGGUGAUGACCAAACAAAUAGGAAAUUGA